AGCAUUCGGGUUGAGUAAACUCAAACGCCGAAGCGUAAUGGCUUCUUGUAUUGGUCGUUUUUUGCAGAGUUUUAGGCAAGGCCUCGACAAAGCUGAACAAGCUACGCGUGGAGAGGACGAAGUGGGGGAAAUGUCGCAGUUUAAGGGUGCAAUAAGGCGGAGAGAAACCCCCAGGCAGACUGCUGUAGCAUUCAACGCUUAUGUUCCUGAACUGUUUUCUCAGAGCAGACAUGGAAAUUACCUGGAAAGGUUGCCCGCUGAGGUCAUCGUGAAGAUUCUUGCCUUUCUGGAUGCCGCCUCUCUCUUUAACAUCAGCUUCGUCAGCAAGCGCUUUAAUGAUCUGGCCAACAGCAAUGCUCUGUGGUCUGUGUUGUAUGCUUGUGAGAUUGAGAAGAAAAAGUGGAGACCCCGAAUGUGUGUGGCAACAGAAGCACCUGUGAGCACUACAGGUGUGCCGGAGAAACCGGAGGGCUACUGGAAGAAGCUCCUGCUCAAGAAAAUGGCAGGCUACCGGGACACUAUGUGGAAAAGCGAGCUGAGACACAUGAAUCCACACACAGGGAUGCCUGCUCAAACCGAGCAAGUUCUCAGGAGGUUAAACAUUCGGUGGGAGAUCACGCUAACACUGAAGAGUGGACGUGAAUGUGUCUUUGAGCAGACGCGCACGUUCUUCGAAGACUCCUCGGUUACGGUGUGCUGGAAUCAGGGAAUCAACUUUCCGCAUAUAUUCCAUGUGAAUAGCAUACAGCUCCAUGGAGUAAUGAGUCCAUCACUGUCAACUUCAGGAAACUGGCCACGGUGGCGUUCUCUUAUUUGCAAAGCCAUGAUACAUAGGACUGUACAUUGGACGUUCCUAGGUGCAGAUCGGCAUGUGAAGUUGCUGCAUUUUGGUGAAGGAAUCAUUGUUGGAGUCUGGCGGGGCAAUUGGAAUAUUGCUUUCAUCAUGGUAUCCCUGCACUUCCACAAACUGAUUGAAAGAAGUCUCCUUGGCUCACAAUUUUGUCCCUACGUACCGACACAGGACAAAGCUUUUGAUCCAAACUGCAGUCCUCAUGGAUACACCCUGUAUGUCACCCUGCACAAUACUGCUUGCCAAAUCAUGUGCCGCCGUUUCUCCCCACUGUUUGCCAGUAGAGUGACGUCUCUAGGGAAUAAUUGGCAGUUAAGUGCCAUUGAUUUCUCUGAUGUGUCCGAGCACAUUCUUGUAGGGAAGAUCAGUCUUCCAUGGCAAAAAGAGGGACUGCACGAAGCUGUCGAGCGCUGCUGUUUGAUGACACUAACCGUUCUGGAUGAGGGUCAGCGUCCCUUCUGGUGUGUGAGUUCUCCGGUUAAGAUCAACUCCAGGAAAUCCAAAGCUGUUGACCUGGACUAUGAAGGUGAACAAUUGUACCUUUCAUACGGGGAUGCGGAGGGCAAAAUCAAAAUGACCUUUGUGUGCAUGGAGGAAAUUCAGCAAUACUUUUUGGUUCAGCUAAUUGUCAUAUUCCCAGCAGCCUAAGUGAAAAAGCACUUUGGUGAAGAGCAUUAAAGCCGUCAAGAGUUUGCUUAAGUUUCAUUUGGAUUUAGAAAUGUUAGAAUGCUUCAUGCAGUAUUUUGAGUUCCUAAACAGUUUUGCCAAGCUAUAUGUUAUUGGAGUUAAUCGUUUCUUGAUAAUGAAAAUUGGCUUUUUAACGAUUUGUUGUAGUUAAUGUAGAAAUGUUUUGGGGCUUGGAAUUAAGUGUUUGUUUUGUUCAAAUUCCUGAAGCAUUCCAGUUACAUCAAUAAUUUGAAUGUCUAUGGAGGAUACAAAAGUUUAUUAUUUAUCCGUUUAAAUGUUUAUUUUUUUAUGUAAAUGUGAAGUUUUCAGCAUUUUGAAGCUAGUCAAUUAAUAGCUAGUUGGUUAAUUUACUUGAAGCAAAAUAAAUUGAGUUGAUGGUCAGUUGAAAUGUAAUGUGAACAUCUGAUCUACUGAGUAACUAAACUACAAUAGUUAACCAAAAUGUUGUAUUUAUUUAUAGAAAUGAUUUAUUAAUCAGUAUUGUUUAUCUCAUUCAAGUACUAAAGUAAUAUUUGACACAUAUAAAGUACAUUU